AUGGAGCCGAGUUCAUCAGAUCCGAACGGAUAUGUGGAGAUGGGAGGGCUGAAGGCCCCCAUCCCCAUAAUGCACUCACUCGAGACUAAGACCAACUCCCAGCUCGAGUUGGACCCCGCCACCAUCACCCAAACCGCACUAGUCGAGUCCGGUCUGGGGCAGGUCGAGAGGAAUGCGGUGCUGGAGAUGCCCAUCGCAUACGAACAUUACCAACAACUGCCGGUUAUGCAACUAGGCCAAGGUAACAAUAACGUUCUGAUGAGUAAGCUUAUCAGUCCGAAUGCAGCAAUAACACUAUCAACUUUUAGCGUCAUUACAAAACCAGUCCUAUGUGUAUCCGUCCAUAUAUAACACUCCAAACUACAGUAACCUAAACACUGCUCAACCGUACUACGCUUUUAACUCUCUUGUAUCGCCAGAUCUCACACAACUUCAAGCCAGUAAUGAGUAAGAAAUUAAUUGAAGAUACGACAGUUUAAAAAACUAAAUUAAUUCAUAGCUAAAGUUGAGUACUACUAAACCAUAAAAAUACAGUAACAAACCCAUUUCAGCCAAUACCUACAAUUCUCACACCAAAACCAAUUUACUCCCGGUUUAUUUCGUGCCGAUGACACCAACUACAACCUCAACAGCUACCAGAACAUCCAGUUGAUAGAGAAAGAGUGCACUUCUUGUGGACAGUCCUUCAACUAUACCUUGAAGAAAGACGAAAGAGGAUGCAGAAUCUGUAUGACAUGUCUCAACAUCUCCGAACAAAAUCAAGAGAUCGAAACCAAUGUUCAUAUCGACGAUGAGCCCAACUCGGCCUUCAAAAUGUAUACUCAAAGCAAUGAUAACAAGUCUGUUAUCUCGGCCAAUGCCCAACUUGCCGUUUCAAAUGCUCAGAAGCAAAAACAAAAGAAAACUCCGGUAGGUAUGACAAUAUUGAUUAAAAUUCCUAUCCUCAACAAUAAAAAACGUAUUAUAUUAUUAUUAAAAAAACUACAUCAGCCAUACUGAAGUUUACAGUUUCAGCAAGUUUCUCAGCGCCGUCAAGGUCUUGUAUGUACCAACUGCAAAGGAUCAUCAACAACUUUAUGGCGGAGAAACCACAAAGGAGAACCUGUUUGCAAGUAAGUUACCAUUAACAUAAAAUUACCAUCAACUUUUCUUCGGUAUAACCUCUAUAUUUUCCGUCUUUUAGUGCCUGUGGAUUAUACUACAAACUCCACCAAGUCGACCGACCAAUCUCAAUGAAAAAAGAAGGAGUUCAAACGCGAAAACGGAAACCGCGAAACCCAGAAGGCCCUAGUCGUCGAAACAGAGGUCAUAACAGUACCAUCACAGCUUCAGCAUCAAGCUCGGCAUCUCAUUUGACUACCGACUUCAACGAUGCCUACGGAACGGUAUAUGUCAACAACAAUUUGUCCUUAGAUCAAGCCGCUGUUCUACAGCAGCCAGCACUACUUGACCCCAACUUUGUAAACAACCAAUUACUACAUGAAAACUCACAAAUGAUCGCGAUGUCAUACCAGAAUAUGGCUCACAAUGGCCAGAUGGGUGUUGGCCAACAAAACGCUGCACUUCCUCCUUUGAUGGACACCUUCUGUAAGUUUAUUUUAUUCUUUCUCUUCAGAAAAUUAUAGAAAAUGUUUCGAAAUCGACAAUUUUUUGUUCUUGGAAUUUUUAAAAUACGGAAUUCUUCCAAAGGAAUUCGUUGUGUGACCAAAAUGGACGGAAAGCGAGUUUUAGACCGAACAAAAUUUCGUUUCCCUAAUUCUGCCAUCAACUUUGAGCUUUAUUAUGUCAAAACAUUGAGGUUUUAAAAUUGUUAUUACUUUCAGUUACAAAAGUAGAAACAAGACUGCCAUCCAACAACGUGUUACCUAAAGAACUCGGCCAACCGUCGAAAACUGAACAGAAUCUGAACGGUUAA